CAAGCUCUAAUUUGUUGUCUCGUUUCCCCUCACUUUUUUUUUAGACAAGACUGUCUGAACAUGCCAGAGAUACUCCCAAAGAUCCUCCUCGCUGUGAAAUGGAACUCCAGAGAUGAGGUUGCACAGAUGUAUUGCCUUCUGAAGGACUGGCCAGCUAUCAGGCCUGAACAAGCCAUGGAGUUGCUGGACUGUAACUUCCCCGAUCCCAUGAUCAGAGAGUUUGCCGUGAAGUGCCUUGAGAAAUAUCUUACGGAUGACAAACUUUCUCAGUACCUCAUUCAGCUAGUUCAGGUGUUUUCAUCUUUAACUGUCGUCCCUGUGAUUUCCAGCUGAUUUAAGUGAA